CAUGCGCAAUGCGCGUUCCUGGUACUGGGGAAAAAUUCAACCGGGCGCGUGCCUUCCCGCCCCUGGGACCAGCGCCCGGGGCGCGCAGCUCCCUUUCUCAGCGAGUUUCCGGAACACAUCAUCCACCAGCGAGCGUUUUUAGGAAUGUAUUGAAGAAACCAUGGACAAUCAACAGGAUUUCAUUAGCAUCUCAACUUGCAGUGGAAUUUCUGUUCCUGAAAAGAAAAUCAACUCCUUAGUAGCUGAAGAUCAUGGUCAGCAAAUUCUAAAUGUACUGCAAAGUUUCAGAGAAAAUAAUAUCUUUUUUGACUUUAAAAUACUUGUGAAAGAUGAAAUAAUCCCCUGUCAUCGUUGUGUACUAGCAGCAUGCAGUGACUUUUUCAGAGCCAUGUUUGAGGUUAACAUGAAAGAAAGAGAUGAUGGGAAUGUUACUAUUAGUAAUUUAUCACCCAAGGCAGUGAAGGCUUUUCUCGAUUAUGCCUAUACAGGAAAAACUGAGAUAACAAAUGAUAAUGUGGAAAUGUUCUUCCAGUUGUCAUCAUUUCUUCAAGUUUCACACCUCUCCAAAGCUUGCAGUGACUUUCUAAUAGAAAGCGUUGAUCUUGGGAACUGUUUACAAUUGUUGUCUAUAUCAGAAAGUUAUGGUUCUGUUCAUUUGUUUGAUCAUGCACUAGAGUUUGCACAGCACUGCUUUUCCUUGCUACUCAAAUCAAGUGAUUUCUUGGAGAUGAAUUUUGAGAUAUUACAAAAAUGUAUUGAAGCAGAUGAGCUAUAUGUUCCGGAGGAAGAAUCUGUGUUGAAAGCUGUCCUACAGUGGACCAAACAUAAUUUAGAAACAAGACAGAAGCAUCUCCAUCACUUGAUUAAAAAAGUGAGAUUACAUCAGUUACCUGAAAAGACACUGAAGGACUUGUUGCAUUCUGAAGAAUAUUUGCUUCAGAGCACUGACUGCUUAGGAAUAAUCAACGAUGCAAUUAAAAGUGUACAAAACUCCAGUGGCCUGUUUCCAGAUGCUCGUCCUUCAACAACAGAAAAAUAUAUAUUUGUUCACAAGACUGAAGAAAAUGGAGAAACAGACACACAUUUUGCUAUAGACAUCAAAACUGAUAAAUGGAGGGAACUGCCUCACACACACAUAAUUUAUCUGCCAGGGUCAAGUUUAUCUAGUUAUGGAGAAAAAAUAUUUAUAACUGGUGGGUGCAAAGGGAACUGCUGUAGGACUGUUAGACUUCAUAUUGCUGAACCCUUUCAUGAUGCCACUGACCAGACUUGGUGCUACUGCCCAGUCAGCAAUGAUUUCUCCGUAGUGUCAGCUAUGAAAAAACCAAGGACUAUGCACACAUCUGUCAUGACUCUAAAUCAGUUAUUUAUAAUAGGUGGAAAGACUAAAGGAGCUCAAGACAUCAGAAGUCUUUUGGAUGUGGAAUCUUACAAUCCUCUCUCCAAAGAAUGGAAAUCUGUAAGUCCAUUACCAAGAGGCAUAUACUAUCCAGAAGCAAGUGCAUGUGAAAAUAUAAUUUAUGUCCUUGGUGCUGAAGUAGAGAUUACUGAUGCCUUUAAUCCAUCUCUGGAUUGUUUCUUUGAGUAUAAUGCUAUAACUGAUCAAUGGUCUGAGCUUGUAGCAGAGUUUGGGCAGUUUUUUCAUGCAACUUUAAUCAAAGCUGUUCCAGUGAACUGCACAUUGUAUAUAUGUGACCUUUCCACCUACAAGGUUUAUAGUUUUUGUCCAGAAACUUGUGUUUGGAAAGGGGAAGGAUCUUUUGAAUGUGCUGGCUUUAAUGCAGGAGCAGUUGGAAUAGAAGAUAAAAUUUACAUACUAGGUGGUGAUUAUGCUCCAGAUGAAAUUACAGAUGAAGUCCAAGUCUACCAUAGCAACAGGUCUGAGUGGGAAGAAGUCACACCAAUGCCAAGAGCCUUAACUGAGUUUCAUUGUCAGACGAUUCAGUUUAAUAAAUACAGAGACCCAUGGUCAUCUGUAGGGCAGUGUGCUCUGGAGCAUUUUGAAACAUUAUGAGUUAUAACAGUCUACUUAAAUGCACAAGUUUUUAAAACAUAUUAUUUUUAGCUGUUGCUAUAGUUUUUUGCAAAUAGUUUAUAUUAUAUUAUAAACAUGUUCUGUUGACAACUUAUGUUGUAGAAUUGAUUGUUUUUAUGGUAAUCAUAUAUAUCAACUUUUACGUAGGUUUAUAUGCAACUUCUUUUCAGAUGUCGUUUGAAUAAUUUGCAGAGCAACAUCACUUUUCAAGAAGUAUAGUAAUAGGGGUUUAAUUUUGUAAUAUCUAUGCACUUUUACUUGUAUCUUCCUGAAUGCCCCCAUGGACAAAUCGCUGAGCAAGAAAAUUGUGUUGAUAUUUUUCCUUCAUAACUUAUGGUGUAGAAAUAUGCUGAAUUUUUUGUUUAACCCGAGCAGAGGGGCUGUAGACAUCAUUGUGUCAGUUUACUCUUGCUGCAUUGACAAUAACAAGAGCAAAUGCCAAAGAGGGCUUCACAUUCACAAGGCAUUGAUUGACUCUGGUAUUUUAAUGUGAAGGGAAUAAUGAUUUUUUACAGUUUUAUUUCAUUGUGGCCUGUUUUCCCUACUCCUGUACUUGCUGUCUGUCUUCAUCCUGAAGCUGUUGUCAGACACCUCUGAGACUGACACUAUUUUGUAAGCAAUUGCUGUAUGGUGUGUGAUUCACACAGCAGCCUCCUGCACCUUUGCAGAUGGUCCAUCUUGGCAGUGUUGUCAAACACAGCUAGGCCAAAAGAGCAAGAUUCUUGAGGGUGCUCUCAUAACUAGGUCUUCCAUCUGUCAAGUGUAUAGUGCUACAUACUACAGCCAUGUCUAUACUACUGGCUAAAUCAGCAUUGCUGCGAUCGAUGCCACGGUAUUGAUUUAGUGAGCCUGGUGAAGGCACGCUAAGUCCAUGGGAGAGUGCCUUCCCAUCAACGUCUGUACUCCACCUCCCCGAAAGACAGAAGCUACGUCAACGGGAAAGCAUCUCCCAUCAACAAUAGCGCGGUGCAAACACUGCUGUAAGUCAAUCUAAGUUACGUCACCUUCAGUUAUAUAAUUUACGAAACCGAAGUAAGGUAACUUGGAUUGACUUACAGCAUUAGUGUAGACCAGCCCUAAGUCACUGGGCUGGCCUCUGCAGUAGUUUGUAUCACAGAUUCUAGAUAUUAUUGCUUAAAUUAACUGAAUUGGAAGAGUGUGUGUUUCAGUGCAUAUAAAAUACCAAAUACAAUACUGAAAAAUACACAAAAAACCCACACUUUAAAAAUCAAAGUGGACAAGUAUUUCUAAAGUCAAGUAAUUGAUUUUUUUUUUAAAUUGUAAAUAGUGUGUGUUUUAACUGAAUUAAAAGACACUUCAGGAUAUGUACUUUCCCUUUGUACUUCACAAUCCACCUUAGGUGUAGAAAUACUAUAUGGUAACCACUAGACUAAGUAUAUUGCUUAGCUUUUUUUAACAUAGUAAGCUAUUAUAAUAAGAAUGUUAAACUUGCAAUGGAUUUUUAGUAUUCCUAUUAAUCUACAUAUAGGUCAUGGGGAAAAUUUAGCUCCCCCACCUCCAAAGUGGAUCUUUCACAGAGGAAGAGGUGCUAAUUAGGGUGUGCACACCCAUUGCUGGGCUGCACGCAGAGACAAGCACGGGAAGACUGGAAAUAAGGAAAGAAGACAGACAUCUGUCCUGUGGAGGGGUAUUAGCCUGAAAGUAGCCUUCACAGAAGGGUUCUGUAAUUUUCUACAACCUGGAUGGGAAAGAUUCCUUUUCUUCCCAGUGCUCGGCCCAGCUACUUGAAUUUGCCCUAAUGAAUAAUGUAUACUAUAGUGAGAAUAUAUUUGAAACAGUAAACUCAUGCUGUGCUAGACAGAAUUAUACUAAGCAUUUGGCUAUAGCAUGUAUCCUGCCUAAGCAAUGUAAAAAGAUUAAAAUUCCAGGGGAAAAGCUAUAGAAAUCUUUUCUGAUAGUUGAGACUAUCUGGAUAAUUUUAGAAAAUACCACAUGUGCAUUGGGCUGGCAUUUUGGAAAGGUCAAGUCAGUAUUAAUGUCUGGAAUUGACUAUCUCUUUGUGGCUGUUUUUUGUGGCUAAUAUUUCUGUUUCAAGAACUAUACAAUCUAAGGCCCCAAUCCUGCAAUUGGUUAUGCAGACACACCAUUGAAGUCAGUGGGGCUCUGUGCUGGUGAAUGGUUCUGUCCACCUGGGCCUUUUAGGAUUGGGCCUUAACACAGGUAGUUCAUAGAAUUAUAUUAAUAUUUUUAGGGCAGUGCUAACUGCAAAAAAGAGGAGGGCAAAAGCAGAAUCUUAUGCUUUCAUGCACACAUCCUAUUGAAAGUGUUUUCCAGAAGUGCCUAAUACACACUGUCUUUCUCUGGCUAUAAACCCCAUAAUAUUUUAAAUGGCAGAAAUAAGAUUUUAAUUCUUCAGUUGGAUUCCUGUGAUUUUAGUGAGACACAGUGCAUGUGACUAUAGAAUGGUUAAACCUACCAAAUCCCCGUGAGUCUAGCUGCAAUUGACGUCUCCCCUAUGUGCAGGCCAUAAUGGCCACUUUUAUCAUAUCAGUCUUAGAUCAAGAUUGCACCAGUCAGUGCCAGGUAUUCUCAGAUGUUACUUGCUCUAUUACAAGGAAAUAAAGACAAAAACAAAAAUAGCACUGCUUAAUAAUUUGGUAUCAGACAGCCAUAUGAAGUUAGCCAAUAUUUACCAAGAUGACUUUCAUAAGAACAUAAAUGAAAUUUUGUAAAUUUAAAGAGACUGUUCUUUAAAUAAAUCUGUAGUUUGUAAUAAGAUUUAGGUCAAAUUCUGUUAACAAAAAAUAGUAAACAGUUUGCUAUAGGUAUUGAGGUUUUAGUGUCAAGAAGGUAACAUCUACUUUUAUACUACUUUUUUUCCUAGAUAAUCCCCAAAGUAUUUACAAACUGGUUAAAUAUAAUGUACUUCACAAUCCUCCCAGUGAAAGCAACUGUCACUUGGGUUAGAACACAGCGGUUGAUUCUUAAUGCAAAGCAAAUGUUCAGAACAAUUCAGGAAAAGUGAAAAGCAUCAAAAUGAAACCACAAGGAAAAAAGUAUAAGUAACUAUAUAGUAUAAUAACCCAGUUUCAGAUUUGAUCAGGACACUGAAGCUAACACUACUAUUCUUGCAAAAUCUAGGAUGGAGUCUUACUAACCAUGAGUUUUUACAACCUAAUUGUCACUUCUCAUCAAAAAUAUAGGGCCUCAUUCUCCACUGCUUUGUCCUUGUGUCAUAGUUUAUACCCAUGUAAAGUGAGUAAAAUUGAUGUAAAAUGCUAGGACAUGUUGGAUGUGCAGUUUAUCAAGGUGUAAAUGACAGGUUCAAGGGAAUAGAGAAUCAGGCCCAUAGUAUUUUUAACUAUCACCAUCACUAGCAACUUGGUGGGCUACAGUCAGCAUUGAGUCAGGGGAAAGAAUGACACCAACUGAAUCACAAAUAGUAUUUAUUAUAUAACAAUCUGACUUUCCUUGGAGGUCUUCUAUCCAAGUACUGUUUAGGCCUAAUCCUGUUUUGCUUUGGGCAUCUGAUGGAAUCAUAACCCAAAUGGUAAAACUCUCACCAUUAUUUAUAUAUGUAUUUUGUCAAAUAUAUAUAUAAUGAUGCUUCACUCAGAUUUUUAUUUGAAAAUAGAUACGUUCCUUUAAUAUUUUCUUAAAGCCGUGCUACAUUUUGCAUAUCUAAAAAUGACUAAGAAAUGUCUUUAAAUCCAAUAAAAUAUCUGUAAACAAAACCCAUGUAUAAUUGAUAAGAAUGAAACCACGUGAAAGAGCUGACUGAAAUGAUUUUUUUUUGCUCAUAACUAUAAUUCAAGAGGGAAGCAAAAUUUAAGGCACAGGUAAAAAAGAGGUGGUAGUAGAUGCAGUCAUUAAAAAUUGAAUGUUGUUUGUUUUAAAAUAGCAGGCCAAUUUCUCUGCUAGUGCAGCUACACUGAAGUUAAUGCAAUUACACCAGCAGAUGAUUUGACCCACUGUUCCAGGCUAAACCAUGUACAAUGCUAUGUCCUGCCUAAAGAUCAUAAAGCAUUUUACGCAUGUGCAUUAAGUGGCUUUAACUUUUCUUCAUCUAUGGAGAGCACGUUGCUGUCCUUAAAGCAUAAACAACUAGUAAAUUGCACAAUGCAUCCUCUCAGAGGAGUAGCACUUACCUUUAGGUACAUCAGUGUUACACAAGGGUAUGGAGACGACAAAUGUAAGACAUGUGGCUUGGUUAAGCAGUUACUUUUGUUCUGCCCUUCUGACACCAAUGUUUCAGUGAUAAAAAUGGAUGUGUGAGGUAAAAUAAUUUGUCAGUUUAACAUAUGCCUUGACUUCAUUCCUAAUUUCCCCACUUCUGUUAUCCCAUGAAUUAGCAACAUUUCUCUCAGUCAUUUCUACACAACUAUUUAAAAAUGUUUACAUAUCCUACAUCUGUCACAGGUCAGGACCACAGCACCUGUAUUCCCCCUCCAUGGUACCCUUAAGAGCUCCCCUUCUAGGCUCCCAGCUCCUCAGGCAAAGACCCACAUCUCUCUUACUUAUGACUGAGGUUUUUCUAGGCUGCACAGUUCCCUGCCUACACUGUGAUAUCACCAGUAAGCCAGACCACCUAAAAGGCCAAAGGCCAACUUCUGCACUUUGCUUUCUCUCCAGAGGCUAUGAACAGCAUAAUUGUCCAAAAUUAUAAGUUACCAUACAGCUUUUUAUAAGCAAGCACAUUUAUUGUUAAAGUGAAAGCAUUACAGAGAAAACAUAAAAAUAUAAAAGAAUCUAUAUACAUGUUCAAAAUUCACAACUGAGUUUACCCUGUGCAUUACAAGUUCAUCACUGUCCCAGGUUCAGAACCAGAAGAGCCAUGAAUAGUUCAGGCUUUCCUUUAUAAUAACUUGGGCCUUUGAUCUUGGCCUCAUAUAACAGGUAAUCAGCAGACAAUGGCUCAUGUAUCAGGGUAUGACUUCAAAAGACUGAGUUUUUGCAAACAGGAAGUGGGGAAUUUGCAUUCACUUCCCCCUAGCUAUUGCCCAGGAAAACAACUUAACACAUGUUCCAAAAGUCCAUUUUUGUCGGGCACAUUGUUCAAUAUAGUCCUUUGAUACCACCACCACCACCCUCGGUCUCACACCUGUCAUAGCUCCCCCCUUGAGAGGUUACAUACAAUCACAGCCCACAAUAAUACAUAAACCAUUCAUUUAAUACAAUGGACUCCAAAAAUACUUAAUCUUAAUUCAGUAAAGUCCCCCAAGCAUACUGCAAGAAAUUGCCUUAUCUGUCACAACAUCAAGCAUUAAACAGAAUGAAGUUGCUGAAAGGAAUUUUAUGACAAUUAUUUAAUGUAUGACUAUUGUCAUAAUGCAGAAUUAUUUUAAAGAGAUAUAUAAUUCAAGUUUUGAAUGAUUUUUGGAGCGACUGGCAAACUAAAGGAAAUUUUCCAGAGGCAGUACAAUUUUUUUAUGUGCAUCCAGAAAUGGAAUUUGUCUACCACUGUGAUUCCCUUUGCGUAAUUAAAAUGACCGGGGACUAAAAACAUAUAAAAGAAAUAACAGGUGUUCCUCAUGACCACAUUUAGAUUCACUUAUAACGUGUUUAUGAUCCAAUUCCCUACUCAUGUUUGUGGUCAUGUGUAUUACAAAUCCCAACUACAGAUACUAGGAAUGAUGGUACACAGAAUCCUGAUAUAUGUACAUUGGUGACAAAUAAUUACAAAGGAACAGAUCUGGCAGUACUUAAUCAGCUACAUUUCCCAUGGAGUUUAAUGUGUGCUUUGCCUGACUAAGGACUGCAGAAUUAUCCAAUGAUUAGGUGAUAAUGUGGUAGUAUCAGUUACUUUACAGUUUCCAUUGCCUCCAAAGAGUUGUUAGAAUAUGAUAUGAUAUAUAUGUAGCUAUACAAUUUACUAGGCUUAUAAUGGUACGGGAGAAAAAGGUAAAUUGGCCCAAUUCCUGCAUUCAGAGAAUUAUAUCUGAGAGCAGAAUUGAGCUCAAUGGUUAGGCAUGUUAAACUAAAAACAUGGCUUCAAAAGAUAAGGGAUCACAUUCCUGCAAUUCUUGUAGUCCUUAGUCAUGUGAGUAAUCUCAAUGAAGUCAAUGAGACUACUCAAAUAGGAGUUACUUGUAUGAGUAAGAGUAUGCUUUAUAAAACUGUUAAUUACAAAAAUCACAAAAUUAAUGUGAAUACUUUUUUGUAAUUAGUUUCUUUUGACUUCUGUAGACUCUCAAUACAUUAUGAAUAAAGCACAUUCUUUUAGAAAGCCCAGAACUAAACUGGAGAAUGUGAUUGCUCUAAAGAAUAAUAAACAUUACCUGUAUUUUCACAGAAUUAUACUAUCAUGUCUGAAAGAAUAUAAAUUGCAUGUAAAUGUAUACGGUCUUAUUUGUAUUUAACAUUAAACAGUACAACCAAAACAAGUAAUUUAUAAUAUUGACAUAUUGUAUGUCAAUAAAUUAACAUACAGCAUGAUUAAUAUAAUAUACAGUCAGCUAAUAUAUGUAAUUUCUUUAAUAUCUAUUAGUUAUUUUAUUGAACCAUCUUAAUAUUUUAGGAAUGCUACAUAAAAUGUUAUGACAUGUUGGCAACAUAAAAGGGUUUAUAUUUUAGUGGUUAUCUUAAAUGUCAAUAUUAAAAUUUAAUAUUUAUUUUGUACUGAG